CUCUUUAAAAGUGAUGCAAAGACAGACAGGAUCACUAAGCCCUAGUCAAAUGAUCAUCACAUAAAACUCCUGUGAUGAGUUGACCGGAAGUAUCAUCGGAUUGGCAAAGGAGUUAAAAGUUGGGGAUGGCGCGUGAUUUCGUCCUGUGCCCUUUUGGCGACGGCGUCGGGUACCCGUCACGUGGCCAAAAAGCGCGCGUGGGAAAGCUCCAGGGGCUGCUUUUAUUUACCUGCUCCUAUCCCAAAAAUCCAGAAACGGUAAAUUAAAACGCGAAAACGUCAAUAAAAAAGGGGCGAGGAAAUAUAUAAGAAAAAACUUAUUGGAAAAUUAGGGGAAAUUCUGCAAAUUCUGGCACUCGCAGCAGUCGAGCUCCGGCUUAGGAUCUGCACUGAUCUUGUCUUGUUUUCGUGAAGCUCGAAGCUGUUGAUCUCGGUUCUUUCGUGAUUCUCGGUUAACAACAAUGUCGGGGGCUGACCCGCCGUAUGGAUCGGGUUUGCCCAGCAACCCGAGCCCGGCUUCUCAACAGCAAGUGGUCGGCGACAUGCGCUUGAAUUACAAUGCCGACGGCGCGGCCGUCUACAAGCCCGUGGCUGCCGCCGUUUCGCCCACUUACCAUCAGCCCGGUAACGGCAGCGUCCAUGGCGAUGAAAUCGGGCUGGGGCUCACGGGUGAGCCCGUCAAGAGGAAGCGGGGCCGGCCCAGGAAGUACGCCCCCGAUGGCGGCGGCCCCGCGUCCCUGGGCUUGGCGCCUUCCCCGUCACAAGUGCUGCCGCUGCCGCCGCCGCCGCCGGCUCAUAGCGGUGGGUUCGCUUCUCCACCAGCGGUUGGGAUGGCCCAGCCCACGGCGGGCAGGAAGGGCAGAGGUCGGCCGCCGGGUUCGGGUCGGAAGCACCGAAUGGCGGCAGUGGGAGCAGCAGCCGUUGGAUUUGCACCCCACAUCAUUGCAGUGAAAGCUGGAGAGGAUGUAUCGGCGAAAAUAAUGUCGUUCUCUCAGAAUGGCCCAAGAUCUGUCUGCAUUUUGUCUGCAAAUGGAGCCAUAUCUAAUGUUACAUUGUAUCAAGCGGCAACUUCUGGUGGAACUGUAACUUACGAGGGAAGGUUUGAGAUUCUCUCUCUUUCGGGUUCCUUCCUCCUAUCGGACAGCAGUGGUCAACGCAGCAGAACUGGGGGCUUGAGUGUGUCUUUGGCUGGUCCAGAUGGCCGUGUUUUGGGCGGUGGCGUGGCAGGGCUCCUAACUGCGGCAUCCUCAGUUCAGGUAGUUGUUGCUAGUUUCACUGCAGAGGGCUUGAAGGAGUCCAGAUCGUCAGGCAAUCUACCCGAUCCUUUAUCUGCUCCAUCAAGAUAUGUGCCUGGAGUAUCAGCCGGCGAGAGCCCGCCAUCUCGCGGAACCAUCAGCGGGUCGUCCGGCAUUGCUCUAAGCCCUCUCAGCCACAGCACGGGUGCCUGCAACAAUUCGCAAGGCCUAGGAAAUGUGCCCUGGAAAUAGACUGGCGGGUCGUCGACAACAGUCAUGCUCAAAGGGUGCAUCUGAUUUUCUUUCUAGGCGUCUGAGAGGUCUCCCUUGUUUCCAUCUAUCAUGCGGAUACAGAACAUUUCACCAUCUAAUAAAAGCUGUUCAUAAGAGUAUGUAGAGUGCGCACUCUCCAGUUCUGCUGUCCUUGCAGGUCGCGCUAGAAGACUCAAGUUAAGAAUUUCACAUGUAGUUCUCCGGACGAAGAGGUAAAGUGAGGAGAGAGAUCAUAGGACAUGCUUGCUGUGUUGGGAAUUUCUGUUUAAGUUCGUUUGAUGAUGGUAGAGUGCACUCAUUUCUUUAUACCGUGACUUUCUGGAGUUCAUUUUAUUUUUAUUUUUUUGUGCUUUUCGCUCGUAGCGGUCUUAACAGAGCUCAAAUUGCAUCGACUUUGAGCCGAGUCUGGUGAUCAAGAUGCUGAAACCUGACUCUCUCUGUGCUGCUGGAUUUGUCCACCAUCUAAGAGUUUUCAGUUACAUAUUUCUGAGUUCUCGAGAUGAA